GGAUUCAGAGUCCAAUGUCCUGACCACUAGACCAUGGGACCAAUUCUGAUAGGACCCUAUUCCACCGCGCCUGACGCUGUCCUCCGUACUCAUAACUCCAAAUCCACCUCUAUCCUUAUCCACCACCUCUCCCGCCAUGAAAACAGCAAAUCGCAGAAUCCAGACCUUACAGUUUCCAACCAAGGAGAUGACGACCAACGCCACGAAUACGAAAAGAGGCAGCUUCCAGUUCCACUUGAAGAAAAGCUAAACGUGCUGGAAUUAUCUCUUGCAGCCAAACGCAUCCCUCAAUUCCCUGGUUCCAUUUACAGUACCUCAGUCCCUCCUAUCCAAUCCCUUCUACUUCCCGAAAACGCAGACGAUGAGGAGGAUGAGGAAGAGAUGAUAAUGCGGGCGCUUGAGAUUCGGAGAAGGAUGACCCAAGAGAUUUUCAAGGAGGCAAUGAGGAAGGGAAAGUUUGGAAUCACAUAUUCCACAAAUUUGAUGAGUAGGAUACCGGAAUUCAUCGAUUAUGUGAUGAUCGAGGCUGCCGCUUUGAAGAAGUUGCCGGAGUUCCAGCACUGCACGUUCAACAGUCGGGUUAAGACUGUUAUACAGGAUUCCAAUGUUGUUCCUCUUGUAAGGUGGUUGAAGCAUAAUCAGUUGUCAUAUCCUAAAAUUGCAAAGCUCAUAACCAUGUCAAAGGGAAAGCUUGACUCCAUAAGAUGUUUAACUGAGUGGUUGAAGGCAAUUCAUGUGAAGGGUGAAUUUCUCGGGGUUGCACUCUUGAAGUCAGGUGACAAUAUCUUGGAGCGCAGCAUUGAGGAACUAGAUGGAGUUGUUGAGUAUUUGGUGAGUAAAGGGGUGAGGAGGGACUGGAUGGGCUAUGUCAUGAGUCGAUGCCCUCAGUUGUUGUCUUAUGGCAUGGAGGAGUUGAAAGCUCGUGUUGAGUUUUACUUGAAUAUGGGUAUGGAUGAGAACGAUUUUGGGACAAUGGUGUUUGAUUAUCCUGGUGUACUUGGCCUCUUUACUCUUGAAGAGAUGAACCAGAAGGUUAAUUAUUUGAAAGAGUUUGGCCUCAAUACUGAAGAUGUUGGGAGAUUACUCGCAUUUAGGCCACAAUUAAUGGGUUGUAGCAUUGAGGAAAGAUGGAAGCCGCUUGUGAAGUAUUUGUAUUACCUUGGAAUUUCCCGAGAUGGAAUGAGGAGAAUGCUCACCAUUAAACCAAUGAUUUUCUGUUUUGAUAUGGAAGCAAACAUUGUGCCAAAGGUACAGUUUUUCCAAGGUAUAGGCGUUCGAGAUGAUGCCAUUGGUGACAUGCUGGUGAAGUUUCCUCCAUUACUAACAUACAGUCUCUACAAGAAGAUUCGACCAGUGAUCAUAUUUUUGAUGACCAAAGCUGGAGUAACUGAGAAGGAUAUUGGUAAGGUUAUAGCUUUGGGACCAGAGCUCUUGGGUUGCAGUAUAGCAAACAGGCUUGAGGUUAGUGUCAAAUAUUUUCUAUCACUUGGCAUAGGACGUCGACAACUGGGAGAGAUGAUUGCCGAUUUCCCCAUGAUGCUUCGAUACAAAGUAGAGCUCCUCCGCCCAAAGUACCAAUAUUUGCGAAGAACUAUGGUCCGUCCUUUGCGUGAUGUCAUUGAGUUUCCCAGGUUUUUCAGUUAUUCUCUUGAAGACCGAAUAAUUCCUAGGCACAAGAUUAUGGUGGAGAAUCGGGUUAAUUUCAAACUUCGCUACAUGUUAGGAUGCACUGAUGAAGAGUUUAACGAAAGGAUUGCAGAAAAGGUGGAAAGGCGCCGUAGAUUUGAAUUGGGUAUUUUAGAUGAUUCAGUGGCUGAUUGUCAAACAGGUUCAGGGACAGAAGAUGACUUCCCUAAGAGUGACAAUGCACCGUCCUAAGUCCUAACUUCAUAACUAGUGAUUACUCAGCAGAUGCUGGGACUAAGUUGUAGAAGUAUUCACUGGGAUUGCUCCAUUCUGAAUUUUGAACUUGAGAUGUCCUGAGUUCCAAAGAGUCACAGACAUGGCACUUCAUUCUUAGCAACACUGGCGGCCUCGUAGCUAAUAAUGUAAGUAUGCUUUUGACGUUAUGAUGUAAAUAUUGUAAAAUAUGAAUGAAAUAUAUGCAUUAUGCAAUA